UCAAAUUUCGAGUUCCGUCGUGCAUCGUGCGCGAGUUACCGGAGCAUCGAGGAAGAAAUAAUAAAAAUUAUUUUGUCGUAUUCGUUUUAGGCGUGAAAAAAAACCCCGAAAAAGGCGGACGAGCGACAAGCCGACAAAAUGGAAACUAGAAAACUAAUAGAUUUACUUCGGGCCACUAUCGAGCCCAACCAACGACAGCAAGCCGAAGUUCAAUUAGAUCAGAUCCACAAAAUCAUCGGUUUCGCCCCGUCGCUCCUGCAAAUCGUCAUGACGUCCGACUGUGAUAUGCCCGUCCGUCAAGCGGGCGCCAUCUAUCUCAAGAAUUUGGUAUCGUCGAAUUGGCAGGACAAGGAGCCGGAGACGCCCGGUCAGCCGGUGCCGUUUUCGUUGCACGAACAAGACAGAUCGUUGAUUAGAGAUAGCAUCGUCGAUGCCGUCGUACUGGCGCCGGAAUUGAUCCGGACGCAAUUGUGCACGUGCGUCAAUCACAUCAUCAGGCACGAUUUUCCCGGCCGUUGGACGCAGAUUGUCGAUAAAAUCAGCGUGUACCUGUCGAACCCGGAUCCGAACGGCUGGCACGGCGCCUUCCUCUGUCUCUACCAGCUGGUGAAGAACUUCGAAUACAAAAAGGCCGAAGAGCGCGGUCCCCUGCACGAGGCUAUGAACCUGCUCCUGCCUCAAUUGUACCAAUUGGAGGUGAGGCUGUUGCCCGACGCAUCGGAGCAAUCGGUUCUGUUGCAAAAAGAAGGGCUCAAAGUCUAUUUCGCGCUGACCCAAUACAUUUUGCCGUUGGAUUUGAUCAGCAGAGACGCCUUCGCUCAAUGGAUGGAAGUUUGUAGACAGGUGGUAGAAAGAGCUGUACCGCCUGCAGCUUUGCAACCGGACGAAGACGAACGGCCCGAUUUACCUUGGUGGAAAUGUAAAAAAUGGGCCUUACACAUUUUGUACCGUAUGUUCGAACGGUACGGUUCACCGGGACACGUCACCAAAGAAUACAACGAAUUCUCCGAAUGGUAUUUACAAACGUUCAGUUCCGGAAUUCUCGAGGUACUGUUAAGAGUACUGGACGGUUAUCGAGGAGGACAUUGGGUACCGCCUAGGGUGCUACAGCAAACGUUGAACUAUUUAAAUCAGGCCGUAUCGCACGGUCACACGUGGAAAAUACUGAAACCCCACAUGCCCGCUAUUAUACAGGACGUCCUCUUUCCAUUGAUGAGUUAUUCGGCCGAGGAUCACGAAUUGUGGACGGUCGAUCCGCACGAAUACAUCAGAGUUAAAUUCGACGUCUUCGAGGAUUUCGUCUCGCCCGUAACGGCCGCUCAAACGUUAUUGCACUCGUCGUGCAGGAAACGCAAGGAAAUGUUGCAGAAAACGAUGGUGAUGCUGACGCAGGUGCUCACCAACAACGCCACCGAACCGGCUCAAAAGGACGGGGCGUUGCACAUGAUCGGCACAUUGGCCGAUAUUUUAUUGAGAAAGAAGAUGUACAGGGACCAAUUGGACCAACUGUUCAUCAAGUACGUCUUCCCCGAAUUCGACAGCGAUCGAGGUCACAUGCGCGCCCGCGCCUGCUGGACCCUCCACUACUUCGCCGAGUUCGAUUUCAAACAGGACCCGAUCCUCGCCCAAGCGGUCAAUCUCACCGUCCGUUCGCUGCUCUUCGACAAAGACCUGCCCGUCAAAGUCGAGGCCGCCAUCGCGCUGCAAUCUCUGCUCAACCACCAGGAGAGGGCGCAGAAGUACGUCGAACCCCAGGUCACUCGGAUCGCCUUGGAAUUGUUGAACGUCAUCAGAGAGACGGAGAACGAGGACGUGACGGGCGUCAUGCAGAAGCUGGUGUGCGUCUACGUGCAGGAAUUGACCCCCAUCGCGGUGGAGAUUUGCCAGCAAUUGGCCACCACGUUCAAUCAGGUGUUGGACACCGACGAGGGAUCGGACGAGAAGGCCAUCAUGGCGAUGGGUUUGUUGAACACCAUCGAAACGUUGUUGACGGUGAUGGACGAACGGCCGGAGAUCGUUCGGUUGUUGGAACCGACGGUGCUGAGGGUGGUGGUGAACGUGUUCCAGAACGAGGCGCAGGAGUUCUACGAGGAGGUGUUGGCGUUGAUCUACGAUUUGACCAGCAAACAGGUGUCGCCCGACAUGUGGAAGGUGUUCGAGAUGUUGUAUCAGGUAUUCCUGAAAAACGGCUUCGAUCACUUCACCGACAUGAUGCCGGCCCUGCACAACUACAUCACCAUCGACACCGACGCCUUCCUGUCGGACGAGCAACGAUUGCUCGCCGUCUACAACAUGUGCAAAAUGGUGCUCGUGAAGGAUUCGGGCGAAGACCCCGAAUCGCACGCCGCCAAAUUGCUCGAGGUCGUUCUGUUGCAAUGCCGGAAGAAAAUCGACGCCGCGGCGCCGAUGCUGAUCGAAUUGGCGGCGUCUCGCCUGCUGCGCGAAGUGAAAACGAGCGAAUUGCGAACGAUGUGCCUGCAGGUGCUCAUAGCCGCCUUGUACUACGACGCGCAAUUGUUGUUUGCCGUGUUGUCGAAGAUGCCCGAUUUUACGAAUCAUUUUAUCAAACAGUGGUUGCACGAUACCGAUUGUUUUUUAGGUAUCCACGAUAGGAAAUUGUGCGUAUUGGGAUUGUGCACUUUAAUUUCGAUGCCGAACAAACCGCCGGUGUUGAUGGAAGUGGCUCCCAAAAUCGUACCGUCUUUGAUAUUGCUCUUCGACGGUUUGAAGAGGGCCUACGUCGCGAAGGCGGCCGAGGCCACCGAAGAAGAGGACAGCGAUAGUUCGGACGGCGAAAUAGAAAGAGACAUAUUGAGUUCGGACGAGGACGAAAUCGACGAUCAGGGCCAGGAUUAUUUGGAGCAUCUAUCGAAAAGGGCGACGACGGCCCUGGAAGGGCAAUCGAUGAACGCGACGGCGACCAUUUUGGACGAUAUCGAUGGUAAUUCUGACGAGGACGAUUCCGAUUUCGAACCGAACGAAGAAACGGUUCUCGAAUCGUACACGACACCAUUGGAUGAUGAAGAUUGCGAUGUUGAUGAGUAUCAGGCGUUCAAACAAAUCAUGACCGCAUUACAAAACCAAGAUCCCGAAUGGUACAACGCUCUGACGACGAAUCUGACCGAGAACCAAUUGAAAACGUUAAACGAAGUGUGCGUAUUGGCCGAACAAAGGGCGGCGGCGAGAGAGAGCAAAAGGAUCGAACAACAAGGAGGUUACACAUUCACGCAACACGCGGUGCCUACGUCAUUCAAAUUCGGCGAUGGAAAUUCAUGAAUAACUCAAAAAAAAAGAAGAAAAUAAAAUAAAAAAGAAAUGUUGUUGUGUAAUCAAUCCCGAAUGUGACUGAAUGUAAAAUUGACUCUAAUUUUGACCAGUAAAGUAGUUAUUUGUACAGUUUGAUUAUAAAAAAAGAUAUUUUUCAUUUUUUUUUUAUUAUUAUUAAUUAAGUGCCUUUUUCGAUUAGACGUUAAUAAGUGUGUGAUAAGAUAACGGAGAGACGCUCUAAAAAGCCUCUAAUAGCUCAUCCAAAAAAAAAAAUAAAAUACACUUUUUUGUUCUCGUUUUUCUUGUUUUUUUUUUUUGUUUUUUUUCUCUUUUUCCUGUACAUAGAAAUUGUUUUCGUAUGAUACGGGGUGUCCCAAUGGACAGUAGAAAAGUUUCGGUAAAACUAAACCUAAAUCUUUUUCGAUUCUAGACAGUUCUAAAUGAUUCUAUACAGUUCAAAAUGAUUCUGGAUCGUUCUAAAUUAUUCUGGGACGUUCUAAAUGAUUCUAGACAGUUCUAAGUGAAUCUGAACAGUUCUAAAUGGUUGUAGACAGUUCUAAAUGAUU